AUGCCUUCGAUCUGGCACCGUCGCUUCCGCUUGCUCGAACAGUCACUUCUACUAUGUCAAGCUGAGCAGACCGAUCUGCAAGUGCAGAGCAUCCAUCGGAUCAUCUCGAUAGCGCAAAGCCUUCUUGAAUGCAUUCCCACCACGAAAGAUUCUGGCGAGAAAGACGUAGUGGAAAGAGAAGAGAUGAAAGUGGAGGUGAAGUCUUCAAAUACUCGAGAGGCAUCGGUCGUUAGUGACCAUCUCCCCGUUGAGAUUCUCCUAUGUAUCUUUCGACUCUAUCGCGACGAGAAUACCACGACGUCUUUCACAUCUCUCAUGGGAGUAUGUCGAUGGUGGCGUGAUAUUGUUUUGGGUCACCCCGACCUUUGGAGCCGCAUCGACAUAGUGCCAACUGGACUCUUCAGUAACUUCCAGUGGUAUUAUGGACACAUAGAGCUGUGUCUGAAGCGCAGCGGUAACCUUCCGUUGGAUAUUACCGUCGACUUUUCUCGGAUCGAAUGGAUCCCGGAGCACUUGUAUCGAGUUCUCGAGGUUUUCAUCCCGCCAGGACACCAGUGUAAUUUGAACCUCUAUGGCGCGUGCCACGACCUGCUCAUAAAAUACAGUGGUCAGCUUCUCCACAUCCUUGACCUUCUCACCGAGAUACCACUCUCAUCGACAGCUUCCAAUGACGCUCUUUCACCAGAAAACAUUCUUCGAUUGGAGGCUCACGAUUUGGAGGGCAAGGUCGCUCCAGCCGCGGACGGACUCAUUAUUCGAUGGCAGUCGCUUCAAUUGACCCUUCCAUCAUUACCUCUACCCGAAAUACUCAACGAUAUAUCCUUGGUACUGAGAGGACGAAUGCCCUCACUCAAGCAACUGAAGAUCACUUCAGGCUUGGAAGUUUACAAACCCUUCGCCUGGCCUCAAUCCGAGACUAUAUACUUCGAAAGCUUGCAUCAAAUCUACAUCGACUCUUUUAUUGAUUUGCAAAGUCUUCCCUGCAAUCCAUUAGCAUUGCGGGAUCUGACCAUUCCAAUAUCCAGCAGUAGCUUGGCAGCGAUUAGACAAUUCACAUCGCUGGAACGGCUGACUUUCUAUGGAUCCUUCUAUUCUUCGUCACUCAUAUCCGACUUAGCACCUCUAUUCUUCCCACGUCUUAAACAUCUCACCGUGGAGACAUCCGCUUACGAGCUCUCUCCCGCGACUUUCUACGUCCCUUCACUGCAAAAGCUCACCAUCGUCUUCAAUUUUUACAUUAAAAAGGUCAAAUCGGAAUUGUUGUCGACUAUCAAGACCCUCGAGCUCGCCCCAAUGGCUUGGAUGGCAAGGCCUAGCGAUGCGCAAGUAUCCCCACCCACUCGCGCAUAUGAUCCGGAUUACAUCAUUCCCUUGACCUCCGUUCUAGCCUCAUGCGCUAUGCUGGAAAACUUGAGAAUCUUGGAACCCCCUGGGGACCCCAAAGGGUGUAUCCUCGUGAAGAAGAUCAUUUCGUCAAUUCUCACUGGAAUUCUCGACAAACUUUGCAUCGUCACAUUUCUCCAACUGGCUCCCGGCUCUGAGGACAUUGAAGAUGCGAUCGAGGUCGCCUCAUACAAUGUCUCACCGGGAUAA